GCCCCGGGAGGAGGCUCGCCGGUUGCGGAGCCACUUGGGGCCUCAGUUCUCGCCCUCUUGCCGUCGCCGCGGGUCCUGGAGAAGCGGCCGCGGCCGGGGAACGGGGCACCGAGGUUCCAACGAUUAACUGCUGAAGUACUGAUCGAGUUCUGCGUUUCUUCAAUGAGGAACUACAGGCUGAUCUUCUGCCAUAACCUCAAACAGCCAUAAAUGACAAAUGAAUGCUUGCUCAGUGAGGGUAGCUGGUGCAGAAACCAUUUUUUAAACUUAGGUGUUUAAGUACUCAAAGGAGGUCUGGAGCAACAAGGACUUUUUCAAGUCAAUGGAAACGCUGAGACAGUGGAGUGGCUUCGGCAGAGAUACGACAAUGGAGAAGAGGUGGAUUUGGUUAAGGAAGCAGAUGUUCCCUCAGCUAUUAGUCUUCUUAGGUUUUUCCUUCAAGAACUUCCUGAACCUGUUAUCCCUGGCAGUUUGCAUAUUCACUUGAUGCAGCUUUCUCAAGAUUAUAAUAAUGAAGAUGAAUUUGGAAGAAAGUUGAGGUUCCUCUUGCAACAGCUCCCACCUGUUAAUUACAGUUUGUUAAAGUUUCUGUGUAAAUUUUUAGCCAACGUAGCAUCACAUCAUGAAGAAAUCUGGUCUGCUAAUUCUUUGGCUGCUGUCUUUGGUCCAGAUGUCUUCCACAUUUACACAGAUGUGGAAGAUCUGAAAGAGCAAGAAAUAGUAAGCAGGAUAAUGGCCGGGCUUCUGGAAAAUUACUAUGAGUUUUUUGAGAAUGAAGAGGAAGAGUUUUCAUCUAAUGAUUUGAGUUCAAUUACUGAACAGGUUAAUGAACUUUCCGAGGAAGAAGAGGAAGAUGAAAAGCUAGAACAUAUAGAAGAGCUUCCAGAAGAGGGUGCAGAAAAAUCAAAUGACAUGCCAGAGGUGGUACAAUUAAGAAUGACUGAAAACAUCCUAGAACCAAAUGGUGUUACAGCAUCAACAAGUGCCCAUAUGUCUCCCAUCAGCAUCUUACCAGCUUCUGCAGACAUUUUAGAAAGAACAAUUAGAGCAGCUGUGGAACAGCACCUUUUUGAUCUGCAGAGCAGCCUAGAUCAUGAUCUUAAGAAUUUACAACAGCAAAGUCUGGUGUGUAAUAAUGAAGCAGGAAGUAUUAAUUGUGAUGGGGAAGGAUCUGAUAACCAGGUUGAUAUUGCUGAUGAUAUUAUUAAUGCCAGUGAGAGUAACAGAGAAUGUUCAGAACCUAUGGCUAGCGCUAAUUUAGACAAUGAAGUUAUGCAGCAAGAUUUUGUAUUUGAGGAUGAAGAAAAUAACCAGUCUGUAGGUAUACUCUUAGAGCCAUGCAGUGACUGUGGUGAUAGUGAAGAUGGCUGUCUUGAGAGGAAAGAAUAUUUGUCAUUUGACAGUGAUACAUUGUCACAUUUGAUUCUGGAGUCUAGUAGCAAGAUAUGUGAUUUGAAUGCCAACACUGAACCAGAAGUGCCAGGAGGUCAAAGUGUUGGUGUUCAAGGGGAAGCAGCAUGUGUCCAAAUUCCACAUUUAGAUCUGAAGAAUGUUUCUGAUGGUGAUAAAUGGGAAGCGUCAUGCCCUAUCACUUUUCCCCUCAUUGAUUUCAAAACAAUGCAUCUGCAGAGAGAUGGGGAGGAUCCAUUUCCUGCUUUUAAGUCUUGGCAGGAGGACUCUGAGUCUGGAGAAGCUCAGCUCUCUCCACAAGCUGGAAGAAUGAAUCAUCAUCCCUUGGAAGAGGACUGUCCUCCAGUAUUAUCACACCGAAGUUUAGAUUUUGGGCAAAGCCAGCGUUUCCUGCAUGAUCCAGAAACGUUGGAUUCCUCAUCUAAAGCACUUUCUUUUGCUAGAAUUCGAAGAUCAUCCUUUAGUUCAAAAGAUGAAAAAAGAGAAGACAGAACACCAUAUCAGUUGGUCAAGAAACUUCAGAAAAAAAUCAGACAAUUUGAGGAACAGUUUGAAAGGGAAAGAAAUAGCAAGCCCUCCUACAGUGAUAUCGCAGCCAAUCCCAAGGUGGUAAAAUGGAUGACAGAGCUUACCAAACUGCGGAAGCAAAUUAAAGAUGCAAAACACAAAAGCUCUGACGGAGAAUUUGUACCCCAGACACGUCCACGUAGUAACACUCUUCCAAAAAGCUUUGGCUCUUCUCUAGACCACGAAGAUGAAGAGAAUGAAGAUGAAUCCAGGGUCAUUCAGAAGGAGAAGAAGCCAUCUAAGGAAGCAACACUUGAACUUAUUCUGAAAAGACUGAAAGAAAAACGUGUUGAGAGGCGUCUUCCAGAAGAUAUCAAAAAAAUGACAAAAGACCAUUUGGUAGAAGAGAAAACGUCUCUCCAGAAAAGUCUUCUAUACUAUGAGAGUCAACAUGGAAGGCCGGUGACCAGGGAAGAAAGGCACAUUGUUAAACCUCUCUAUGAUAGAUACAGACUUGUAAAGCAGAUGCUAACAAGAGCUAGCAUCACUCCUGUCCUUGGAUCUCCAUCCACCAAGCGAAGGGGACAGAUGUUACAGCCAAUCAUAGAAGGAGAAACUGCACAUUUUUUUGAAGAAAUCAAGGAAGAAGAAGAAGAUGGUGUCAGUCUGUCAUCUGAGUUAAGCGAUAUCUUGAAAACUGCUGUUCAGGCACAGUCUUUUUCAAGUUCAUUGGAAAACUCAGAAUCUGAUGUUGAAGAAAACCAGGAAAAAUUGGCUCUGGAUCUCCGACUGUCAAGUACUCGAGCGGCUUCUAUGCCUGAAUUAUUGGAACAACUUUGGAAAGCCAGAGCUGAGAAAAAGAAACUGCGUAAAACAUUACGGGAAUUUGAAGAAGCAUUUUAUCAACAAAAUGGAAGGAAUGCCCAGAAAGAGGAUCGUGUUCCAGUGCUUGAGGAGUACAGGGAAUACAAGAAAAUUAAAGCCAAACUUAGGCUUCUUGAAGUUCUUAUCAGCAAACAAGAUUCUUCAAAAUCCAUAUAAAACAUCUUUUAAAACAUCAUCAAAUCAGUUUAUUCCCUGAAGCUACCAUCAUGUGUUCUUGGCUAGUACUUGAUUUCAUUUUGUCAGGCACUCAGAGAAUUUCAUUUUGUACUUAGUUGUGGUGCGACUAAAGAAAUGAUGGGAGAGUAAGUAGGCCCUCUCAAGGGAGCGUAAGUGAUGUUCCAUAUUAACCACAGACUGUCCUCUCCACCUUUAGUAAAAAUGCAGUUUCUUUCGUUGUUUUGUACUACAGAUACAUCCUGUUCCCAAAAGACUAGAAUUUCAUCCUUUCAACUUCAAGAACUUUGGAAAUACAAGUUUUUUUUUUGUUGUUAUUACCAACUUUAUUAUGUUCUUUUCAUUACUGAAGAAAAUUGAGAGGAAAAUCUUCACAUCAUACUGAAGUCUUCGGUUGCCUUUUCCUUACAGAAUGACUGAAAAUUUGAAAGAAAAGCCUAUAAAAGUGCGCAUAUGCAACUGUGUUCUAUCUUUUCCUAGAAAACCAAAAUCAGACUGAAAUUUCAAGUCCUACUAUGGAACCACCUUUCUGUUCAAUUCCCAAAAUGACACUUUGUCACAGGUAGUAUGUUAGCAAAAUUUCAUAAUUCAGUGGUCACACAUCUUCUGGAUGAAGAUAACAGUGGGUAGACCAAAAAGUGACCUUGUUUAGUGUAUUGAAAAUAUAUACCACACAUCACACACAGAACUGAAUCAUAUCACAUGCUGCCUAUGGAACUUAAGUUACUGUUUGUUUUCUCAGUUACUGUGUAUCAGCUGGUGGUGAUGUGAUUUGUCUGGAUCAGAUCUGCAUUGUUCCCCCCAUCCACCUCCAGAUAAGUGAGAAAAUAGCCAUGUCAGUAUAUAGGAAGUGUGUUGGUGCUCAGAUUUGUAUGAUCAAUCAACUGGGCCUGAAUCGGCAAAAUAAUCAUUAUGCCUAAAGUAAAUUUAUUCUUAACAAGGGCUAAUACCACUACAUUUUUUACAUGUACCUUCAGGGGGGUUGCAUUGUUGUUGUUUUCCUUUUAAUCAGCAAAAUCCAUGCAAAAACACCCUUUUGCUCAAGUCACAUACUGUUCAGAGCAGCUGGUUACAGGACGUGUAGUGGUAUGCCCCUUGACAUGUACUUUAAGCAUAUCUUUUUUUCGUUGGCUUUGCAUGGCUUUUCUUCAGGUACUCUACUAGUAUUCUGCUAAUUGCUUUCACAGAAUGGUGACUUUAUUUGUGCUAGUAGUCAUUAAUAGCAGAUUUUGGUCAGGCUUAAUCUAAGUGUUAUUUUUUUUUUUUUUUCCUGGUGCUUCUUUGAUGAGUGUCCCAUUUUGACUCUGGCCAUGUUUUGCAUGCAGUGACUUAUGCACGAUUUUCUUACUAAUUGAUAUUAACAAUUUGUUCCACAUAAAAACAGACUUUUGCAACAUCCUCUAAUAACGUGAGGGAAGCAUGAACCUCAGAUUUCUGGCACUAUUACAUAGUAAGCACAUGAAGUAGCUUGAUAAUAAAUAGUGUUUUUAGUAAUUCACAUUUCACCCGUGUGUGCAAUGCCGUUUGGGGGGGGAGGGAAAAUCCAGUGGUAGUCAAUGGGUAGUUGGGGAAUAAAACAAGCACUAAAUCCAGCCCUUUUUGCAUGGUUUCCUUUGAUAUAGCUAGGUUAUUCACAGUAUAUACCUGGAAAAGUAAAACUGAAAACACCAGAAGAUGUAUCACUUUGAUUUGAAUCCAUCAUGCAGUGUACAUUUCAGUUAAUCUCUUUCAGUCUCUUGACAGAAGUGUAUUCAGACAUCAGAUUUAAUGUGCACUGUGUAUUGUUUUCUAUGAAUGUGUUUUAUAUACCACAUGCAGAAAUGUCCAUAUGCACUAUUUAAAUGUUUUAAAUAAUAUAUUCCUUCUUUAUAAUGCUUAAAUCUAUAUGAGUACCAUAUUUUUAUAAGUCAGUGACCUGACUGGUUUCAUUUUAAAAUUAACAGCUGCUUCAUGAUGUUUGUUAUUCAAUGUUAAUGUUUGACUGUUAAGUAGAAUAGAUAAAAGUGGCAUGGCAGCACUUAUGCUAUGUGACAGUAUUGUGUGUCAUAGUUGAGCAGUAGGUGGUAGAAUUAGGCGACUUGUGGUAGUUUUACUUUAGUACAAGUCAAAACUGUAUAUCUAUAUACAAAUAAUAUAUAGAUAUAUAUGUCCACCAGUGUAAUUGCAUUGCUGUGUCUGGCACUUCAUUGUAUAGACUUUUAUAAUAAAAAACUUAAUCUUUAAUGUUCUAAGUCAUUGUAAAUGUUUUUUUGUUUUUGUUUUUCCCCUAGAUGUUAAAAAGAAAAAGAAUGGAGACCUCAAGUGUUCCCUUGCCUUAAUAUUCUUAAGGUUUAUUUGAAUUACCUCAACCAGGGACCAUGGGUGGGGGACCAGGGUUACUAAACCACUUGGGGACUGGCUGCAGCUCUGGAGAGUGGUAAGGCAGGGAAAGGCCACCUUGUUGAUUCCUUUGCGGCCAUCUAGGGAGAAGAUUUAGAGGACAGUCAGCAUUUCUUGUUGUGGGGAAUUAUCCUACUAAGAAAACUUGAUGUGCAAUCUCCAAGGCAGGAGUUUGGCCUAUUGAAGGUGGCUAGUGAUUAAAAAAUUCCUCUAUUUGAGUUUUAAAAUCUAGGUAAUAUUAAGCAUUAAUGUGGAAGUUGAGGGCCAUGGUCAAGUAAUGUUGCUUGGGCUCAGAGAACAUGUGACUGUUCUUUUUUAGGGGGCGAAGGGAUUAAAUAUGGUAGCCUUGUUGGGGUGCAAUGGUAUCUCAUUGUAGUUUUUUUUUUUUUAAUUGUACUUUAGGUGAAGGUUACAGAACACACACUAGUUUCUCCUUAAACAGUACACAUACUACUUGCUGACAAUGGUUAGCAACCCCACAGCAUGUCGGCACUGUCCCUUCUUGACCUUGGGUUCCCUAUUACCAGCUUCCAUGUGACUAUUGUAAGAGGGCAUAUGUAGCCUGUAGAAAUAAUACAAGUUUCCUUCCAAUUUCCAAAAACAGCUUUCCAACUAGCCAAGCAGGAUGCUUGCAGCAUCCUCCUUUACACUUUUCAAAUAUAACUUCUUACGCCCUGAUACUCCUGAUUUUUUUUUUUUUAAUAUAUUUUGCUUUUAAAGUAGUUUGUUUAGAAAGCACACUUGGGAAAUUUUAAAUGCACUGCUAUAAAAACUGUAUAGAUGAAUUUCCAUUUUAAAGAUAUUGGUUAAGUUUCUAUAGGUGGUUGGGGAGUUUGUUCUACACUCUUUUUCCAGGAGACUUAAAACUGGGAACAUUGGAGGUGAGAUUAUUUCUUUGAGGUUGUAUAUAUUGGUUUUCCAGAAUCUUAAGCAUUUAUUAAUUUAUCUUUUGCCAAAGGAAUGCAGAACAUGAUGCACUUGAGAGUACUAGCAGAUCUUUUACAUCCUGUGUAACUAUGAGGAAACUGUUUUUCUCUCCCUACUUAUUGAACGAUUAAUUAGCAAGAGAGCUGUCCUGUGAACUAUAAGCAACAUUAUUUUGUACUUUCCCUUCACAUUCCUAGAAUUUAAUAAUAAAUCUCAUUAUAGUAUUCUUUGUGUGUCAGUGUGUGCAUACCCUGGAAGUAUGUUGUAAUAUGUAUGGAUUGUAUAGUGGGUCCCACUCAGGGGUGCUUCAUCCCUGGAAAUCAUUUGAUGAUUAACAUUGACCCUGAGGAUAGUGCCUUAAAGUGUGCCUAAAAUGAGGAUGAAUAGUUCAAUACAUGAAUAUAUCUUUGUAGAGAUGUUCAAUGAUUGCAUUGCAGAUUCUCACCUCCACUUGUUUCAGUUUUGUAGAGCUGAAAACUUUCUCAUCAUUCGGUUUAGUUUUAAACUGACAUAGUGUAAUUCCUUCUCCAGUUCCACAGCAUAUAAGAAGAGUCUAGAAGGUAAUUUAGAAGGACGUAGAGAAUGAAUCAGUAAUAUUCUUUCUUGUUUAAAGAGGGACAGCAUGUUAUUGGUGCCUAUUGUUAAAUGCCUUAAGCAUGAAGAUAGUGUUGUAAGCUCCUCUAACAUGCUUAGUGUGGCCAAUUAUGGAUCUAAUAUUCUAAAGCUAUGGAGAAGAAUAUCUGCUGUACGUAUCAAAUAUAAAUUGCAGUUCCUUGGAGAAGAAUAAAAUUGGUCUCACUGUUGCCUUAACAUUUAAUCAAAUGCAAUCUUCUGCUUUCUGUUCAGUUUUAAAAUUGGGUAAAAAAGAGAAAAAAAAAGUGGUAUCUCAACAGAAUAAGGUUCUGGGUUCAGGAAAAUAAUGUGUGACUCAUUUCCCCAACCUCUAUAUUAUGGUAUAAUACCCUGGUUAGGACAAGUGCUUACUCUCGAAAUUCUUGUUGAGUGACAGGCUGGUAGUCAUCUUCAGUUUCUGUAGAAUAAUACUUUUUCUCAAGUCUCUCUUUCCAUUUUUUCAUCUGUUCUGCACUUUGAAUCUCCUGUCAAGUUAGAAGAAAAAAAUAGGCUGUGACUUUAAAUAAUUUCUUUAUCUCAAGUCUUUGGCAUACAAGCAUCACAGGGUUGAGUAUUUUAAACUACUCUACUUUCCAGGCCUCUGAUUUUGAGCUCUACUGGCUUUUGGCUCUGCCUGGUUUUUAGGUCUAUGCAUUAGCAAAGUCACUUCAGAAGACUUGGUGUCAGAACCGUUUCGCCUAAUGCCAGCUUAUUUCAUUGCCUCUUCAUUUCUCCAUGUCUGGCUGAAUUUAUUCCUAAUUUUGUCAAUUCACUUUGCCAAGGUGGAGACAUCUUUUCAUACCUCUGCACUUUAAUAAAGCAAAUAGGCUUCAAAGUAAACCUGUAGCUAUUCUUUGCCUUCCCAGCUGCUGCUUAGUCAGACUACUGCUGUUCUACCUGACAACCCUGUACCUCCUGUCUUUAGUUACUCCUGCCUUUGGUUAUUGAACCUGUGUACUCCAACCUGUCCAAACCAAACCAAACCCAUUGCUGUCGAGUUGAUUCUAAUUCAUAGUGACCCUAUAGGACAGAAUAGAACUGCCCCAUAGAGUUUCCAAGGAAGCGCCCUAUAUGACAGAUUCAAACUUCUGACCUCUUGGUCAGCAGCAGUAGCUCUUAACCACAUGCCACCAGGGUUUCCUCAAUCUGUCCACAUACCCAAAAAUAAGCUCCUCACAUACGAAUAUUCUUAUUGCUGCAGCCUUUUCUGAUCCUAAAUAGUCCUUGCCAUGCGUUGUCCUCACUACCACUCACUCACAGUGUCCAAAUACCUUUCUCCCAACUUCAGAAAAAAGCCCUGCACAUUGUGGAAGUUAAUAGGGACAGCCCUAGAAAAAGAGGCAAAGAGAAGGCAGUGCACCCAAAAGCAUCUUGGUAAGUCAGGGUAUGAUACUGCCCUGCUUCAGCAAUAAUGCAGGUAGCAAAGUGAAGCCCUGUGUAUAAGGGUUCUGAUCACCUUCCUAAGAGAAAACAGUGAUGCCUGAGUUAAGACAUUGUGUUUGCUUGAUAAAUGUGUACUGUUCUGGUCAGAGAAACCAAUUGUGUUGUAUCAUACCUUUCUUUAAACCAACAUACCUGAAGCAGGAAAGAGUGGCUUUCACUCUUCCUAAUUUUAUUUUGGACAUAUUACAGCACUCUUGUUUUGACAGAUUUACUAAUUUAAUGUAGUGUUAAAAAAGUGGUAGACUCCAAAACUGUUUCUAAAUGACUUCUAAUGCGAAGGUAUUAAUAUGGGCUGUACAGACUGGCGAAGUUUACUUAUCCUUCAAAAGACUCAUCUCAAGCAUCACUUUCUCUGUGAAGCUUUCCUGAUAUUCAUAGGAAAAUCAUACCUUUCCUCAUAGGCAGAGCAUCAACUCCGUAGGGGCACUUCCUCCAAGCUAGUAGCUUCUGGUCACCCCCAACUUUUCCCUAACCCUAACCUUAGAGAUGGUAGUUGCCUUCUGCAGUUGUCUCUGGAUUACCUUGUGUUACACACUGGCUCUUUUAGCCCUCCAAUGCCUCAGAAACUAGUUCUCCGUAGUAAAUCUCUCUUUUGCACUACCUAGAGUGAUUUCUGUUUUUCUGACUGAACCUUGAUGGAAUACUUGGUGGUAGGGGAGGUCCAAAGAAACAGACCCUUACAUUAAACAUGCUUCCACCAAUGGGCACAAUAGUAGUUCCAUCGACUAAGAAUUUGAGACUGUUGUUGUUAGGUACCUGUCAAGUCAAUUCUGAUUCGUAGCUACCCUGUGUACAACAGAACCAAACGCUGCCCAGUCCUGCUUUGUCAUCACAGUUGUUAUUAUGUUUGAGCCCAUUUUUAGCAGCCACUGUGUCAGUCCAUCUCCUUGAGGGUUUCCUCUUUUUCGCUGACCCUUUGCUUUACCAAGUGUGAUGUCCUCCAGGGACUGGUCCCUCCUGAUAACAUGUCCAAAAUAACUGAGAUGAAGUCUCGCCAUCUUCACUUUUAAGAAGCAUUCUGGCUGUACUUCUUCUGAGACAGAUUUGUUUGUUCUGGCAGUCCCUGGUAUAUUCUUUGCCAACACCAUAUUUCAAAUGUAUCAAUUCUUCAAUCUUCCUUAUUCAUUGUUCAGCUUUCACAUGCAUAUGAGGCAAUUGAAAAUACGAUGGCUUGGGUCAGGUACACCUUAGUCCUCAAAGUGACAUCUUUGCUUUUUAACACUUUAAUGGAUUUUUUUUUUUUUGCAGCAGCAGCAGAUUUGCCCAAUGCAAUGUAACGUUUGAUUUCUUGACUGCUGCUUCCACAGGCAUUGAUUGUGGAUCCAAGUAGAAGGAAAUCCUUGACAACUCCAGUGUUUUCUCCAUUUAUCAUGAUGUUGCUUAUUGGUCCAGUUGUGAGGAUUUUUGUUUUCUUUAUGUUGAGGUAUAAUCCAUAUUGAAGGCGGUAGUCUUUGAUCUUCAUCGGUAAGUGCUUCAAGUCCUCUUGACUUUGAGCAAGCAAGGUUGUGCCAUCUGCAUAUUACAAGUUGUUAAUGAGUCUUCCACCAAUCCUGAUACUGUGUUGUUCUUAACAUAGUCCAGCUUCUUGGAUUAUUUGUUCAGCAUACAGAUUGAAUAGGUAUGGUGAAAGAAUAUGACCUAGUGUACACCUUUUCUGAUUUUAAACCACUCAGUAUCCCCUUGUUCUGUUAGAACAACUGCUUCUUGGUCUGCAUAAGCACAAUUAAGUGUUCUGGAAUUCCCAUUCUUUGCAGUGUUACCUGUAAUUUAUUAUGAUCAAUGGAGUUGAUUGCCUUUAUGUAGUCAAUAAAACACAGGUAAACAUCUUUCUAGUAUUGUCUGCUGUCAGCCAAGGUCCAUCUGAUAUCAGCAGUGAUAUCCCUCGUUCCACAUCCUCUUCUGAAUCUGACUUGAAUUUCUGGCAGUUCCCUGCCAGUGUACUGCUGCAAAAGUUUUUGAAUUAUCUUCAGCAAAAUUUUUCUUGCAUGUGAUAUUGUUCAAUAAUCUCCACAUUCUGUUGGAUCACCUUUCUUUGGAAUGGGCAUGAAUAUGGAUCUCUUCCAGUCAGUUGACCAAGUAGCUGUCUUCCACGUUUCUUGGCAUAGACAAGUGAGCACUUCUGGCAUUGCCUCUGUUUGUUGAAGCAUCUUAUAUGGUAUGCUGUCAAUUCCUUGUGCCUUGUUUUUUGCCAGUGCCUUCAGUGCAACUUGGACUUCUUCCUUCAGAAUAAUUGGUUCUUGAUCAUAUACUACCUCUUGAAAUGGUUGAACAUCAGCCAAUUCUUUCUGGUACAGUAACUGUGUAUUCCUUCCAUUUUUGAUGCUUCCUGUGUCAUGCCUUUUUUUUGCCCAUAGACUCCUUUAACAUUGCAACUGAAGGCUUGAAUUUUUCCUUCAUUUCUUUCAGCUUGAGAAAUGCUGAAUGUUUUCUAACUCCAGGUCUUUGCACAUUUCAUUAUAAUACUUUGUCUUCUUGAGCUGCCCUUUGAAACCUUCUGUUCAGCUCUUGUACUUCAUCAUUUCUCCCUUUCCUUUUGCUACUUUAUGUUGAAGAGCAAGUUUCACAGGAUCUUCUGACAUCCAAUGUGGUCUUUUCUUUCCUGUCUUUUCAAUGACCUCUUGCUUUCUUCAUGUAUGAUGUCCUUGGUGUCAUCCCACAACUCAUCUGGUCUUCGGGCAUUAGUGUUCAAUGCAUCAAAUCUGUUCUUAAAGUGGUCUCUAAGUUCGGGUGGGAUAUACUCAAGGUUGUAUUUUGGCUCAGUUUCAACUCAAACUUGCAUAUGAGCAAUUGAUGGUCUGUUCCACAGUCAGCCCCUGGCCUUAUUCUGAUAAUAUUGAGCUUUUUCAUCAUCUCUUUCUGCAGAUGUAGUCAGUUUGAUUCGUGUGUAUUCCAUCCUGUGAGGUCCACAUGUGUAGUUGCCGUUUAUGUUGUUGAAAGAAGGUAUUUCCGAUGAAUAAGUUGUUGAUCUUGCAAAACUCUAUCAUGUGAUCUCCAGGAUUGUUUCUAUCUCUAAGGCCAUAUUUUCCAGUUACUGAUCCUUCUGUGUUUCCAACUGUCCUAGUCAUCUUGUGCUGCUGUAACAAAUACCACAAGUGGAUGGCUUUAACAAAGAGAAGUUUAUUCUCUAACAGUUCAGUAGGUUAGAAGUCUGAAUUCAGGGUGCCAGCUCCAGGGGUAGGCUUUCUGUCUCUGUCGGCUUUGAAGGAAGGUCGGAGGCAUCAGUCUUACCUUGGUCUGGGAGCAUCUUAGCUCAGGAACCUCAAGUCCAAAGGUUGUGCUCUGCUCCUGGUGCUGCUUUCUUAGUGGUAUGUGGUUCCCCUGUCUCUCUGUUGGCUUCUCUCUUUUAUAUCUCAAAGAGAUUGGCUUAAGACACAAUCUAAUCUUGUAUAUCUCAUCAAUAUAACUGUCACUAAUCCAUCUUAUUUGGCCAUAGUGAUAGGAUUUACAACACACGGAAAUCACAUAAAAUGGUGGACGAUCACACAAUACUGGAACUCAUGGCCCAGCUAAAUUUACAGAUAUUUAUGGGGGAGACAAUUCAGUCCAUGACCCCAACUUUUACAUUCCAAUCACCAGUAACUAUCAAUGUAUCUUGAUUACAUGUUUGAUCAAUCACAGACUGCAGAAGUUGGUAAAAAUCUUUAGUUUCUUCAUCUUGGGCAUUAGUGGUUGGUGCCUAAAUUUAAUAGCCAUAUUAACUGGUUUUCUUUGUAGUGUAUAGACAUUGUCCUGUCACCGACAGUGUUGUACUUCAGGAUAGAUCUUGAAAUGUUCUUUUUGACAAUAAAUGCGAUGCCAUUCCUCUUCAAUUUGUCAUUCCUGGCGUAGUAGACCAUAUGAUUAUCCCAGUCAAAAUGCCAAUACCAGUACAUUUCAGCUCACUAAUGCCUACCUAGGAUAUCGAUCUUUAAGUGUUCCAUUUCAUUUUUGACAACUUUUAAUUUUCCUUGAUUCAUGCUUCGUACAUUCCACGUUCCGAUUACUAAUGGGCUUUUGCGGGUGUUUCUUCUCAUUUUGAGUCAUGCCACGUCAGCAAAUGAAGGUCCCAAAAGCUUUACUCCAUCUAUGUCAUUAAGGUCGACUCUAUUUUGAGGAGGCAGCUCUUCCCCAGUCCAAUUUUGAGUGCCUUCCAACCUGAGGGGCUCAUCUUGCAGCAUUAUAUCAGAUCAUGUUCUGCUGCUAUCCUUAAGGUUUCCACUGGCCAAUUUUCUUUGACGUAGAUCGCCAGAUUCUUGUUUGUUGUCUUAGUCUAGAAACUCCACUGAAACCUGUCUACCAUGGGUGACCCUCCUGGUAUGUGAAAUACUAGAGGCAUAGCUUUCAGCAUCACAGCAACGCGCAAGCCACCGCAGUACAACAAACUGACAGAUGUGUCAUGGAAAUUUGAGGCUACCACUUGGCUAUUGGGGAUUCUUCAUGCUACUGAACCAGUGGGGAAAGAAUGCCUGAUGUGCAGUCUAAGACAGGAGCUUGGCCUGUUGAAGGUGGAUGGUGGUUAAAAAAAAAAGCCUAUGUGAGUUUUACAAUCGAGGUACUGCUAAGCAUCAGUGGUCAAGUGAUAUUGCAUGAGGUAAGAGAACAUGUGGCUAUUCUAGGAUAGCAUAUAAAUUUAAAAUUAGCUUGUAAUCAUUACUCAACUGAUUGGGGUGAUUGAUCCCAAUUACCGAGGGGAAAUUGGAUUGCUGCUACAAAAUGGGACCAGGGAGGACCAUAUUUGGAACUCAGAAGAUUCUCUGGUGUGCCUCUAAUAGUUCCAUGUCCAAAAAUUAAUGGGAGACCGUAAUAUCCUAUUAAAGGCAGGACCACUGAGGAUUCAGAUUUUGAACGAGUGAAGGUUCAUUAGUUCCAAUGAAGAACUUCCUCUUCUACCCAUUCCACAUCACCCCCUUUUCCCACAGCCAAGACCUCAGCUGGUUGCUUUUGGGUUAAUGAAGGUUCAGGUAACCCAAAAGCAGCCAGUCGAGAUCUUGGCUGUGGGGAAAGGGAAUGAUGUGGAAUGGGUAGAAGAAGGAAGUUAUAAAUAUCAACUAGUCUGAUGGUUUAAAGUCAGGAAAGGUGUGCAUCAGGGUUGGAUCCUUCCACCACACCUAUUCAAUCUGUAUGCUGAGCAGAUGUUCUGAGAAGCUGGACUAUAUGAAGAACAGGGCAUCAGGAUUGGAGGAAGACUCAUUAACAACUUUCAUUAUGCAGAUGACACAACCUUGUUUGCUGAAAGUGAAGAGGACUUGAAGCACUUACUGAUGAAGAUCAAAGACCACAGCCUUUAGCAUGGAUUACACCUCAAAGAAAACAAAAAUCCUCACAACUGGACCAAUAAGCAACAUCAUAAUGAAUGGAGAAAAGAUUGAAGUUAUCAAGAAUUUUGUUUUACUUGGAUCCACAAUCAACACCUGUGGAAGCAGCAGUCAAGAAAUCAAAAAACAAAUUGCAUUAGGCAAAUCGGCUACAAAAGACCUCUUUAAAGUGUUGAAAAGCAAAGAUGUCACCUUGAAGACUAAGGUGCAUCUGACUCAAGCCAUGGUGUUUUCAGUUGCCUCAUAUCCAUGUGAAAGCUGAACAAUGAAUAAGGAAGACAGAAGAAGAAUUGAUGCCUUUGAAAUGGGAUGUUGGUGAAGAAUAUUGAAUAUACUGUGGACUGCCAAAAAAUGAGCAAAUCUGUCUUGGAAGAAGUACAACCAGAAUGCUCCUUAGAAGCAAGGAUGGCGAGACUAUGUCUCACAUACUUUGGACAUGUUAUCAGGAGGGAUCAGUUCUCUGGAGAAGGACAUCAUGCUUGGCAAAGAGGGUCAGCGGAAAAGAGGAAGACCCUCAAUCAGAUGGACUGACACAGUGGCUGCAACAAUGGGCUCAAGCAUAGCAACAAUUGUAAGGAUGGCGCAGGACCGGGCAGUGUUUUCAUUCUGUUGUGCAUAGGGUCACUAUGGGUUGGAACCCACUCAGCAGCACCUAACAACAACAGCCUAUUAUAGAAACAAAGCCUAACAGCUGUGCAUAUUUGUAUUAUUCCUUCAUUCUCAUUUUGUCUAAGGAAUGGUGGUGGUGAUGAACUUUGAAGUUUAGACAUUAAAUUACAAAAUAAUCUUAAGGAAUUGUGAUUCAACUAGAAGUAUGAACAUCACCCAGAGAUAGAUACUAUUGAGACUUUGCUUCUCCCUUUUUGGGGAUAGGAUAAGAGUUCCUUUAUUUGUAUAAAGAAUAGUUUCAUCUUAUUAGGUGGAAGUUUGAGAUAUUUUAUGGACACUCAAAUGUGUGCUAAAUAGCCAAAAAGAUUAAUUGGGCAGCCUAUUUACCUAAUGUCUCUAAAAAUUUAUCUUUUUAUACUCUGUUCAGACCAAAUCAACACAAUGGCAGUGAGUUUUGGAAACCCUGGUGGUGUAGUAGUUAAGAGCUAUGGCUGCUAAUCAAAAGGUCGGCAGUUGGAAUCCACUAGGCGCUCUUUGGAAACCCUGUGGGGCAGUUCUGUCCUCUCCUAUAAGUUCGCCAUGAGUCAGAAUCCAUUUAACUGCAGAGUUUGGUUUUUUUGGUAUGAUGCUGAGUGUCAGGCUUUGCAAACCACAUUGUCCAGAUUCCUUUGCCAGCUGGAUUUCUGUUAGAUUCUGCCAGUAUUGGGGGUAAAGGAGAAAGUCUUGUUUUAAGAUUUCUAUCAGCAUUAGUUAUCUCAAACGACAAUGGUUGGCUCCAACGUGCAGCGUACAGCUGCGUUUGGCAUACCUAGACCAGACUCAUCACAUUCUCUCAGAAGUAUGAGGCAGCUACAGAGGACUGAGCAAAAGCUCCACAAGCCCCUUCUCCAAGAUUCUAGUUUCUGAUAACUCCACCUUUUAUAACCUUAUCCCUGAGAGUGGUAGCCACUUCUUAGAGUUAUUAUUUAUGAGUUGCCCAGGGUUCUCUUUUUGCCUUUUCUGUUUCCUAACACCUGUGUAACCAAUUCCUUGUGGUAAAUUCUCUCUGCUUGAAACAUGUAAUGUGGUUUCUGUUUUCUCAACUAGGCCCUGACUGAUAGAUGUAGUAUGUCUUUUUAUUUGGUCAAAUGUAGUUUUGUGUCUUUAAGGAAUAUUUUACCUUUUCUUAGUUUUGAACAGUUUUGCUAAUUUGUGGGGAUUUUCUACUUUGUUGCUAUUAUAGUCAUAAUUUUUAACAAACUGGUUGAUGUUUGCAUAUUUAUGUAAAUUUUUUCCUACUACUUCACUGAAUUCUCUUUUUGUAGUAAUUCUUCAGUUCAUUGUAUGCUUAGAAAAAGGGAAUCAUUUCUCAAAUAGAGGUAGUUUUACCUUUUCCUUUUUAAUUCUUUUACCUCUAAUUUAUUUCUCUUACCUAAUUGCUUUGGCUGAUACCUCCAAUACAUCCUAGUCUUGUCCCUGACAUGUCCAGUGUUUUCUGUUAAGUAAGAUGCUAGCUGAGGAGGUGAGAAAAUGUUUUUAUCAUAUCAAGGAAGCGACCAUUGAUUCCUGUUUUGUUUUGUUUUCCCCUUCAAGAGCGUGUGUUGAAUCUUAUCAAAUAUCCAGCGUCUGUAGAAGUUGAAACUUUUCCUCCUUGGAUUUAUUGAUACAAUGAAUUAUGUUAAUUAACCUCUCAAUUUUGAACCAUCUUUUCAUUCCGAGAAUAAACCCUAUCUGACCACGUUAAAAAAAAGAAAAGAAAAUUUAUUAAUAUUUUACUUAGAAUUUUUACAUCAAGAUUUAUAAGUGAAAUUUGUUUUGUAUUUUUUUUUGGUAGUCUUUUAGAAUCAAUGCAUACCCACUUUAUACAAAUAAUUUGGAAGUUUCCCAUUUUCUUUUUGCUCUGGAAUAGCUUAAAUAGCUUAAAAUUAUUUACUCUUAUAAGAUCUGGUAAAAUUAUCCUUGUGAAACCAUCUGGGCCCAAUUCAUUUUGGAGGUAGCUCUUGAUGAUUUUAUUUCUUCUUCAGAAUAGCUUUGUUUAAGCUUUUUAUAUCUUCUGGGUUCAGUUUUGUGUGUGUGUGUGUGUGUGUGUGGUGAUAAUAUACAUAAAACACACCAUCCCAACAAUUUCCCCAUGUACAAUUCAGUAAUAUUGAUUACAUUCUUCAAGUUAUGCAACCAUUCUUGUUUUUUUUCCAAAUCAUUCCACCACCAUUAACAUAAACUCAACACUCGCUAAGCAAAAGCUUGCCCUUUUCCUCUUCCCUCCCACCCCUGGUAACCACUAGUAAUU